AUGGGGUGUAGUGAGGUGAGGGCACUGCUCUGGAGAGUCGGCCUCCUCCUCCCCCUGCUGACAGCGCGCCCCGCCGCCGCCGGGCACGUCGCCAGCAACCACGUUGUGUUACUUGAUACUACAACUGCCCUCGGAGAACUAGGAUGGAAAACAUUUCCCUUAAAUGGGUGGGAUGCCAUAACUGAAAUGGACGAACACAACCGUCCCAUCCACACUUACCAGGUGUGCAACGUGAUGGAACCCAACCAGAACAACUGGCUGCAAACCAACUGGGUCUCCCGCGACGCCGCGCAGAAAAUCUACGUGGAGAUGAAGUUCACCCUGAGGGACUGCAACAGCAUUCCCUGGGUGCUGGGGACCUGCAAGGAAACGUUCAAUCUCUACUACAUGGAGUCAGAUGAGCCUCAUGGAGUAAAAUUCAAGCCAAACCAGUACACCAAAAUUGAUACCAUAGCUGCUGACGAGAGCUUUACCCAGAUGGACUUGGGUGACCGCAUCCUCAAGCUCAACACGGAAGUUCGUGAAGUUGGGCCCAUCAACAAGAAGGGAUUUUAUCUUGCUUUCCAGGACAUUGGAGCGUGCAUUGCUUUGGUGUCAGUCCGUGUCUAUUAUAAGAAAUGCCCGUUCACAGUCCGUAAUUUGGCCAUGUUUCCUGACACCAUUCCAAGGGUGGAUUCUUCCUCGCUGGUGGAAGUACGGGGCUCCUGUGUGAAGAGCGCUGAGGAACGUGACACCCCAAAAUUGUAUUGUGGGGCAGAUGGGGAUUGGCUGGUGCCUCUGGGACGAUGCAUCUGCAGUGUGGGAUAUGAAGAGCUGGAGGGAUCCUGUCAUGCUUGCAGGCCUGGAUUCUAUAAAGCAUUUGCUGGAAAUGUGAAGUGCUCCAAGUGCCCUCCACAUAGUUUGACUCACAUAGAAGCAACUUCUGUCUGUCAGUGUGAGAAAGGUUAUUUCAGAGCUGAGAAGGACCCACCCACUAUGGCAUGUACCCGGCCACCCUCCGCUCCGAGGAAUGUGGUUUUUAACAUCAACGAGACAGCUCUGAUGCUGGAGUGGAGCCCCCCGAGCGACACGGGCGGGAGGAAGGAUCUCACCUACAGCGUGGUCUGUAAGAAGUGCGGCUCGGACGCCAGCCAGUGCGAGAUCUGCGGCGGCGGCAUCCGCUUCAUCCCCCGGCACACGGGGCUCACCAACUCCUCCGUCACCGUGCUCGACUUCGUGUCCCACGUCAACUACACCUUCGAGAUCGAGGCCACCAACGGCGUCUCGGAGCUCAGCUUCUCCCCCAAGCAGUUCACAGCCAUCACGGUCACCACGGACCAAGAUGCACCCACCUUGAUAGGUAUGGUAAGGAAGGACUGGGCUUCCCAAAACAGCAUUGCCCUCUCCUGGCAAGAGCCGGACUUUCCCCAUGGAGCAAUUCUGGACUACGAGAUCAAGUACUAUGAGAAAGUCUACCCACGGAUAGCGCCGGCAUUUUGGCACUACCUGCGGGUAGAAGAGCAUGAGCAGCUCAGCUAUUCCUCCACAAGGUCCAAGGCUCCAAGUGUUAUCAUCACAGGUCUCAAGCCAGCCACCAAGUAUAUAUUUCAUAUCAGAGUCAGGACGGCAGCAGGAUACAGCGGCUAUAGCCAGAAGUUUGAAUUUGAAACUGGAGAUGAAACUUCUGAUAUGGCUGCAGAGCAGGGACAGAUUCUUGUAAUUGCCACUGCUGCUGUGGGUGGGUUCACUCUGCUGGUCAUCCUCACUUUGUUCUUCCUCAUCACUGGCAGAUGCCAGUGGUACAUAAAGGCCAAAAUGAAAUCUGAGGAGAAAAGAAGGGCUCACUUGCAAAAUGGACACCUACAUUUCCCAGGACUCAAAACAUACAUAGAUCCAGACACUUAUGAAGAUCCAUCUCUUGCUGUCCAUGAGUUUGCCAAGGAGAUUGAUCCUUCAAGAAUUCGUAUUGAAAGAGUCAUUGGGGCAGGGGAGUUUGGAGAAGUUUGCAGUGGACGUCUGAAGACACCAGGAAAAAGAGAGAUCCCUGUUGCCAUAAAAACUCUAAAGGGUGGCUAUAUGGACAGGCAGAGGAGAGAUUUCCUGAGGGAGGCGAGUAUUAUGGGACAGUUUGAUCACCCAAAUAUCAUUCGCCUUGAAGGAGUUGUUACAAAAAGAUCCUUUCCGACCAUUGGGGUGAAGUCUCUUUCGAGAUUCCUGAGGGCGGGAUUUUUAAAUAGCAUCCUGGCCUCUCAUCCAGUGGCAGGGGGUGGAUCUUUACCCCCCAGCAUUUCCCCUGGCAGACCAGUAAUGAUUGUAGUUGAAUACAUGGAGAACGGAUCCCUUGACUCCUUCCUGCGGAAGCACGACGGGCACUUCACGGUGAUCCAGCUGGUGGGAAUGCUGCGGGGCAUUGCCUCUGGCAUGAAGUACCUGUCCGACAUGGGCUACGUGCACCGGGACCUGGCGGCGCGCAACAUCCUGGUCAACAGCAACCUCAUGUGCAAGGUCUCUGAUUUUGGGCUCUCACGGGUGCUGGAGGACGACCCCGAAGCUGCCUACACCACAAGUGGUGGGAAGAUCCCCAUCAGGUGGACUGCUCCCGAAGCCAUCGCUUACCGCAAGUUCUCCUCAGCCAGCGACGCCUGGAGCUACGGAAUUGUCAUGUGGGAGGUGAUGUCCUACGGAGAGAGGCCCUACUGGGAGAUGUCCAACCAGGAUGUUAUACUGUCCAUUGAAGAGGGCUACAGGCUUCCAGCUCCCAUGGGCUGCCCAGCUUCUCUUCACCAGCUCAUGCUUCACUGCUGGCAGAAGGAGAGGAACCACCGUCCCAAAUUCAGUGACAUUGUCAGCUUCCUGGACAAGCUGAUCCGCAACCCCAGCACCCUUCACACCCUAGUGGAGGAUGUACUUGUAAUGCCAGAUUCACCUGGUGAAGUUCCAGAAUAUCCUUUGUUUGUUUCAGUCAGUGACUGGCUGGAUUCCAUAAAAAUGGGUCAGUAUAAAAAUAACUUCAUGGCAGCAGGUUUCACAACUUUGGACAUGGUUUCAAGAAUGAAUAUUGAUGACAUUAGAAGAAUUGGAGUUGCACUCAUUGGACACCAGAGACGAAUAGUCAGCAGUUUACAGACUUUGCGGUUGCACAUGAUGCACAUACAGGAGAAAGGAUUUCAUGUAUGAAAGUAAUACAAGCAACUGUGUUUUGUGCCUCAGCAUUUCUAAAAUGGAAAAAUAUUCUCAUUCUUCCCUCCUGCUCUUCCCAACUUCAAGAACUGCAGUCUCCAGUUCAGACUAUACAAGUACUUCUAUGUUAAUGCUUCCAAACUGGAAUUUUUAAUCACACUGCACAGCUCCUCCACCAGUUCUCUGCCGAUAAAAUCCUGGCCUACUGCAAGACUCUUGCUACACAUUGAUGAAUAACUCAGCA